AGCAGAUAACAGCCGGCGGCGUCUGGUGUGGACUGCGCUCUUACGCUGCAGUGACUGUCGACUUUACGUCCUGAGCUGGCAGCCAGUCUAGCGACGUCUACAGCUGACUACCGGAGGGAAUCUGGACAUGCAGAGGCUGCUGCCAUGGCUGGUUAUAAUGGUGACUGUUUCACACGAGAUGGUGUAUGUCUCAACACAAAGCCUCUCUGGAAUGGCAAGAGAGAUGUCCAGUGUGCAUCCCCCAGAUGGAGUUCAUCUUCCCAACACCUAUCUUGUCCAGCAGUUUCCAUGGCUGGUGGAUAGAAGUAAGAAUCAGCAGGAUGCACAACUCCUUCAAGAGGCUCAGUACAAUCUCAAGUCAGCUCCUGUGAAACGAGAGGCAGCUCCUCAGUAUAACUGCCACCAGGACUCACAGGCGAGAGUUGUCUGCCACCAGGUAGUUGCAGGUCUCGAACACUCAUAUGGCCAGCAAGCGCUUCGGCAAAGGCUAUUUGUGGACGUGCAAGAAGAAGAUGUCCACCAGAAGAAUAAUCACAAGAGAGUAGUGCGCCAAGAUGAUGCAAACCGCCAGACUGGAGACCAACAAGAUGGACACCAGGAGGAUCCACCCCAGUCAAAUGGGACACAACAACAAGACCCACCUCAGUCAAAUGGGGCACAAGACCAACCCCAGUCAAAUGAGACCCAGCAGCAGGAUCUACCCCAGCAACAGCAGGUGGACCUUCCCCUAUGUCCAGAAGACAGCAGCUGCUCCUGUGAGACUGUAAGUGGGGUCGUGAGGGCCGACUGCUCCAGCUCAGGGCUGGACCAGCUGCCAGCCGGACUGCACCCCAACACCACGCGGCUCUCACUGUCUGGAAACAGCCUGCAGCAGCUUGGCAAUGACUCACUGGCGGGUCUCCACAGGGUCAUGCAGCUGUACCUGGACAAGAACAACAUCAGCGACGUUCACGAGGACGCUUUUUCUGGGAUGCCGAAUCUGCGCGUCGUCGAUUUCUCCAACAACCGGCUGUCUACUCUUCCGUCCAGUGUCUUCACGUCCAACGGGAAGUUGCAGAAGCUGGACCUGAGUAGGAACCCAAUCCACCUGACUGGGGGCCGGAUGCUGGACUCUGCCUCCCUGUACUGGCUUAACCUGUCGUGGUGUGGCAUCUCCAGCCUGCCGGAGGACUCUUUCAAGGGAAUUCCGCAGAUGGUCAUGCUCGACCUCUCCGAGAACCAGCUGGUCGUUCCAACAGCUCUGGCCCUGGAGACGCUGAGCGGGCUGCGGCGGCUGCCGCUGGUGGGGAACCCCGUGUCGUGCUGCGAGGUGGGCGAGCUGCGCGCCUGGGUGGAGAUGCGGCGCGUGUCGGUGAUCCGCAGGGAGCUGUCGGUGGGGCCGCUGCCCACCUGCGCACAGCCCGAGGGCCUGCGCGGCCGCCCGUGGACCGCCGCCGCCGGACACGACGCGUGCGUUCAGCGGCUGGACGCGGCCGCCGUCGUGGGCUGCGUGCUGCUGGGGCUGCUGCUGCUCGCCCUGGCCGUCGCCGCCGCGCUGCUGCUGCUCAGGAGGCGCCGCAGGGCCGCGCGCCGGCGACGCACACAGAGCGCGCUCAGGAGAGAGGAGAACCACUUGCGGCAGGACGACGGGGGAAUGUACGAGCCGCCGCCCGUGGCGAACCCGAAGGAGGUGGGCUGGGCCGGGCCGCUGGCCUGGGAAAGGCGCAGGCCGUCCGGACCCCGGUACGUGGCCUCCUUCCGGUCGCCGCACCCGCCCACCGUCUACGACGACGCCGUCGGCGCCGGGCGCAAGGCGUCGGCCCGCCGCCGCGACGCACCCGAGUCGCCCACCUCGCCCGCGUACGACGACGCCGUAGGCACCGGCCGCACGUCGCCACUGUACGACUACAUCCUGGGGUCAGACGGGCGGCGGUCUCUCGGGGCGCCGACCAGCUCCGGCGAGAAGCCACCCCACCACUCCUCCAUACCGUCGGUGCUCGAGGGCUGCGACUUCUACGAGGACGCCUGAGGGUGGCGGCCGUGGUGGUGCACCUGUGCUUGCUGCAGUAACUCUGCGAGGACCCUCUUCUCGGAUCACGUCAACUGGAUACUUGGAAUUCCAAAGGGUGCCAAGCGCAAAGCGAGGACCAGGAAUCUGGCUGCAACAACAGCCGUGAUCCUGACAGCUGCUGCGUCUGCUAGCCCUUCGUCAAUGAACAGCAAGUAGUUACUGACUGUCUGCGUCACAGUGACCGUUGUGGCACACCUCCACAGGGACGCCACCUUACAUUCGUGAUAAAUACAUGAAAAAGUGUUGUCUAUCACCACUCCUGCAAGGAAUACGCCCAGUAGUGGUACCAGGGAAGAUUUCGUUUCUCCCACUAGUGCCAAUAUAAGCUGGGCAACUCGUGCUCCACGUUCAAUUAAUAUACAUGAGAUAUCCAAAGUGCGGAUCAAGACACGCUGGCACUGGUUUCACAAUGAAUAGUAAACUAAAGUCCUUUACAUCUACAUCUACAUCUACAUCUAUACUCCGCGAGCCACCUUACGGUGUGUGGCGGAGGGUACUUAUUGUACCACUAUCUGAUCCCCCCUUCCCUGUUCCAUUCACGAAUUGUGCGUGGGAAGAACGACUGCUUGUAAGUCUCCGUAUUUGCUCUAAUUUCUCGGAUCUUUUCGUUGUGAUCAUUACGCGAGAUAUAUGUGGGCGGUAGUAAUAUGUUGCCCAUCUCUUCCCGGAAUGUGCUCUCUCGUAAUUUCGAUAAUAAACCUCUCCGUAUUGCGUAACGCCUUUCUUGAAGUGUCCGCCACUGGAGCUUGUUCAGCAUCUCCGUAACGCUCUCGCGCUGACUAAAUGUCCCCAUGACGAAUCGCGCUGCUUUUCGCUGGAUCAUGUCUAUCUCUUCUAUUAAUCCAACCUGGUAAGGGUCCCAUACUGAUGAGCAAUACUCAAGAAUCGGACGAACAAGCGUUUUGUAAGCUACUUCUUUCGUCGAUGAGUCACAUUUUCUUAGAAUUCUUCCUAUGAAUCUCAACCUGGCGCCUGCUUUUCCCACUAUUUGUUUUAUGUGAUCAUUCCACUUCAGAUCGCUCCGGAUAGUAACUCCUAAGUAUUUUACGGUCGUUUCCACUUCCAAUGAUUUACUACCUAUGGCAUAAUCGUACUGGAAUGGAUUUCUGCCCCUAUGUAUGCGCAUUAUAUUACAUUUAUCUACGUUUAGGGAAAGCUGCCAGCUGUCGCACCAUGCAUUAAUCCUCUGCAGGUCCUCCUGGAGUACGUACGAGUCUUCUGAUGUUGCUACUUUCUUGUAGACAACCGUGUCAUCUGCAAAUAGCCUCACGGAGCUACCGAUGUUGUCAACUAAGUCAUUUAUGUAUAUUGUAAACAAUAAAGGUCCUAUCACGCUUCCCUGCGGUACUUCCGAAAUUACCUCUACAUCUGCAGAUUUUGAACCGUUAAGAAUGACAUGUUGUGUUCUUUCUUCUAGGAAAUCCUGAAUCCAAUCACAAACCUGGUCCGAUAUUCCGUUACCUCCACUUAUGCAGCCACAAUCCAUGCAUCUGAUCAGCCUUCCUUUCUCUGUUGCAACACUGGUAUCUAAUACUAGUGGUGCCCCGUGAUCUGAUCCCACAGUUCAUCAGGCACCUGCUAUACUUUUUUCCCCUUCUGUUCCACAAUUCUGACCUCAGUGUGUAGAGGAGAUGAGAUUUGUCUCCACCGCCCAUUUCCUGUAAUAGCCAAUAUAGUCGCCACCCCAAGAGAUGUCACUCCUCCAGUAGUAAGGUAGACCACAACACAUCAGCCACAGCAGUCGGACAGCUCUUGACCAAGAACAUGGUUAAUACCUUCAGAAGUUAGAGUCUUAACUCAAGUGUGGCACAGUGUGCACACAAGGAAAAUCUUACCACAAAAUUCUCUCUGUGUCAAAAUGUACAAUCCAUUAUUUGUCAAAACAAUCUGAUAAUGCAUGUGUUGUGGCAACAAUGGAGAAUGGUGAGUCAGAUACACUGCAAUGUGUAAAGCUUGAGGGCAAACUGUGGAACACCUUGUACUUUAUCCUUUUCACAUUAAUUUCACGACAUUAUUUUCCUUAAAUGUAUGUUUUUCCACUAUUUCUCAUCACUGGACUUUAUCUAAUCAAUUAAAGAUCUUUCUUUUCAUGAUAAUGUUUUAUAAAGCUCCAGUUAUUUGUUGACUUUUGUCAGAAAAAUUAUUAUUCGAAACAUAAGCAGUAUUAUGAAAUUAAAAUAAAGUGAGAGCAGAUGAAGGACAAAUUUAAUUUCUGCAAAUUAGAGGACAAUCUAAGUUAAAUCUUACUUCAUGAGAGGAUAUGCUCAUGUGUAUUAUCCAACAGUAUGCUUUGUCUCUUGUAUUGAACUACAUGAUUUCUGUGGUUUUGCGAUGUCAUUUUUGUAUUUAUCUUUAUGGGAUGGAUUUAUGUGCCUUUUAAAAGUAGUUUCACUGUGAAAUACGAGAUUGUCUGUCCUAUGUUCCCAUUGUAAAAUUAUCUAACUUUGUGCCAUUAUGUUGGAAGGUUUUUAAGACACGAACUUCCAAUUUUCCAUAAUUAAUAGAUGUACUUUUUUAGAUGUACUGAACUAAAACUAUUGUGACAAUUGUGUUAUCAGUCAUGUUAUGAUACUUUUCUUAAACACUUAAUUUUGUAACUAAAUGAACAUAAAAAA